UUUCAAACUAUUAUUUUGAUAAAUCUUUUGCAGAAUAUGGAUUUCUAUAACAAUAUAUCAUGACUUUCAGAAGAAGUUAGUUGGGAGUGCGGUAAAAAAAUACUAUAUAAUAUAAUAGUAUGUUUUAUUACAUUGUACUUCUUCUGAAAUUGAACCACGGUCAACCAUAUCCAUACCACGGUCAACCAUAUCCAUACCAAUAUAUCAUGACAUAUAAAUAUAAAAUACAAUAAUUGUGCUGUUGUGCAUUUAUUUCCAGAAACCACACUUCUUAUUUAAAUCUUAAAUUAAUUUAGUUACUAUAUAUAUAACAUCUGCAGGUUUUGAUUAUUUUUCAUGAAGUUAUUAUUAAUUAAGAAGUAUAAACAAUAAUCAAGCUAUAUUUUAAAAUUAAUAAAAUAUUUUAAGGAUGUUUUGGUUCAUGGCUUUUGUGUUGGCUGGAGGAGCUUCCUUCUUUUUUAUUUCUAAUCUCUUCAUCAAAUUUGAUGUAAUGCCUGUCAUCAUGUCCUUAACACCACAGUCAUCUACGAUAAAAGAUAUUCCAUUUCCAUCCAUAACUAUUUGCAACAUGAACAGCAUGAGAAAAACUGAGGCAGAAAGAAUUCUGAAUUCUAAUUUUGAAGAAAAUGAUGUGGAUCAAAAGUUAAUACAUGAUUUUUGUGAUUCAACAAACAUAACACAAAAUCCUGAAGACCAAAACAUUACUGCUGACUGGGAAUACAUAAAAAAAUUUAUGGUGAAAAUGAGUCAACCAUGUCAUGAAAUGCUAGUUUUAUGUAAAUGGCAUGAUGAACCACUCAGUUGUACAGAUCUAUUUAAUCCAAGUCUGACAGAUGAGGGCAUGUGUUGUGUAUUUAACCGCUUGAACAGAGACCUAAUAUUUCAGAACCCACGAGAUGUAUCCGAUCUAAAUGUAACAUUCCCAAUAGAUUCAGUGGAUUGGUCUCCACAAAGAGGUUAUCCAGAAAACACACCAGCUGAUAACCUACCCAGACGACCACGAGGGUCUGGGCGGCAUUUGGGUCUAACAGUUGUAGUAGAUACAGAAAUAGAUGAAUAUUUUUGUUCUUCAGAAAAUGGAAAAGGAUUUAAGGUUCUCUUGAAUAAUCCAAUCGAAACUCCAAAGGUCUCAUCUUUUGGUAUUUCUGUAGCGCCAGGACAUGAAACUAAAAUGGUUAUAAUACCUCACAUUAUGACAGCAACUCCUCAACUGGCUAAUGUAGAUCUCUCAAAACGUCAAUGUUUUUUUGAAACUGAAAGACAGUUAUUGUUUUACCGAACUUACACACAGAGAGGCUGUACACUGGAAUGUGAGGCAAACUUCACGUUAGCGUUUUGUGGAUGUGUGCAAUACUACAUGCCAAAAAAUAAAGAAACCAGAAUAUGUGGACGGAUUGACAGAAAAUGUGCACUUAAUGCUCAAAGUGAGUUAUAGCUUAAUAAAUUAAUUUGAAAAAUCAUUGUAGUAGAAUUUGUCAAAUAUCAAAAAUAUUUAUUAGGUUUUACUUUCAGGAAUGAUGGAAUUAAGUAUGAAUGAAGCUAUUCUGAAUUUUACUUUUACUACAAAUAAAAAACUUAAUCUGUGCAAUUGUCUCCCAGGCUGUCAUGAGUUGUCAUUUAGCUUUGUAAUUUCUUCAGCUCCAAUCACAGAUCACCUAACAUUAAAACCUAAUUUUCAGGGUGAUAAAGACUAUAAAUAUUUCAAAGAAAAUAUGGCUAUUAUACAUUUUUUCUUUAUGGAAAAACAUUUUUCUGGUACUGUAAGAGGAGUUUUGUUUGGUAUAACAGAACUAUUAUCUAAUGCUGGAGGUCUUUUAGGUCUUUUCAUGGGGUUCAGUUUCAUGAGUGCCGUGGAAUUACUAUAUUUUUUAACAUUGAGGAUUUGGUUUCACAUCAACAAAGGAAGGAACACUAUAAAACCAGCGGAUAAUCAAUUGCAUUCGCCAAGUUUAGGGAUAAGUGCCAUUUAUAAUAAAUCUAAAUUACCAUUUAGCAAAUAGGAAAAUUAAUGUUAAAAAUGAAAUUAAUCUAAUAAAAUGUUAUUCAAGAUUAAAAUAAAUAUAUUGAUCAUGUUUAUCAAUAAUCCUUAAAUAAAAAACCACAUUUCAUCCAGUAUUAUUAUACAUAAUAUACAUAUAAUGCAAGAUACUGGUGUGCAUUGGUUUAAGGCCUUCAAAGGUUC